UCGGUGACGUGAGUGCUUGCGGAAGCAGAGCGUGGAAUGUUGGUACAUUGUUGUUGUUUUGUAGUUGAUUUAGUACGAGGAUACACCGCUGCUGUCUGCUGGACGCUUUAUACCAAUUGUGUCAAGUUACUUCGCCGCCUGUAACGGAAACCUACUCCGACAGUUUUUUACGCAUCACGGUCCACAGAUAUCUGCGUCCACAGAGGGCGUUUCCAUGGCAGCAGUCGAGCAUGGAACAGUGCACUCGUAGUCAGGCUGGUCUGCAGGUCCUGAAAUGGAGCCUUGGGUGUGUCUUCUGUGAGAUUCUGGCCAGUUGUCUGCAUGCAGGGAAUGACGACUCAUUUUAAGACGAGCAAAGCUUUAAAGGUCAAGAAGGAGGUGGGUGAGAAUGCCCCGGCGGUCAGCGACGAUGAGUUGGUGGCCAUGUCCGUGCGGGAGCUCAACCAGCACCUGCGUGGGCUGACCAAGGAUGAUGUUGCGAAGUUGAAGCAGCGGCGACGGACCCUGAAAAACCGGGGCUACGCUGCCAGCUGCCGCAUCAAACGUGUCACCCAGAAGGAGGAGCUGGAGAGACAAAAGACAGAGCUGCAGCAUGAGGUAGACAAGCUGGCCCGCGAGAAUGCUAGCAUGAGGUUGGAGCUGGAUGCCCUGCGAGCCAAGUAUGAGGCCCUGCAAUGUUUUGCCCGGUCUGUGACCCGCGGGCCCCUCUCUCCAGGCAAGGUGGCCACCACCAGCGUCAUCACCAUUGUCAAGUCCGCCAACCGCAACAACUCCAGCCCGUCCCCGUUCUCAACUCUCUCCUAGUGUUGACAGGACUGGGCUCUCCUUCUGCCUGGUCCUUCCCGGUUCCAACCCAGCCUGAACCCACGAAUCCUGUUCUGAAAGGACCCUCAGUAGUAAGACUGAGGGAUGGAAUACGAUGGCAAGCUCUAUGUGAUGUUAUGCUGCAUUCACAACUCUGUCUCCCUAUUUCUGUCUCUCUUACACAAUCUACAUUGUCUGUGCACUGUGCAACCCACCAUCCCCCCAGCACUGGCAGGGUACUGGGCCUCGGUGACCCUUCUUCCAUGACUGUUAGCAGAGAUUUGCUUUUUACUCCAGUGUAAAAAAGUAUUUGACAUGCCUUAAUGUGGCAGCAUUGGCCUGGGACUGCUCUUAUGCUAUGGAGCAUAAAACUUGAGAUUUAAAUAGUACAUAUGUGACAGUAAAGCUAUUUGCAAAGCCUAUGCCAAAUCCCACUUUCUGUAUGUAGAAGUGUCUCAAUGUAAAUUGAGCCUUUGAAGCUUUUCCCUUCAAAUGAUCAAUACAAGUUCUUAUAGAAUACUAACAUGUAGUUUGACACAAAGACGAGGAUGUGUUGUUCCAGCCUUGAGAUUAGGUGGACGCCCCAUUAAAGCCAAUUACCAGAGGGCUCCAACCAGUUGCCUUUAGGAGCAGCCAAACAGAUGUUUUCACUGAUUAGUUCGUCUUCUCUUUUGGAAUAUUCUAAGCCGUGAAAUCACCUGUUGUAGUGUUUGUUUGGAGUUUAAACCUGCCUACACAUGGCUCUCUAUGGCCCAUUUGGAGAGCACUGCAUUAUAUAGUUUGAUAACUGACCAGUGUUCAGCUAAAGGCCUCUACUCGUGAUGCGCUAUUGUUCAUAUUUCUGUCUUGGUUAUGCAGUUUUACUCGGUGGUCAUACCAAAUAGCUGUUUUAGUAUUUAGGGAAAGUAAUGCCAGAGAACAGCAGUCAGUACACGCCAGUAAAGGCUUUCAUACUCCUGAUGGUCUAAUUUUGUUUUGAAGUAACAUUUAUUUACUUGUUUUAAAAGUUUAAAACUCAAUCAUUAGGCCAGAUUUUGUUUGCAAGUCUUUGCUAGACUAUAUCGACUCCACUUUUAAAAUAUUAUUACAAUAUGGCUAUUUGUGCCUUUUUUCGCCUACUGGCAACCGCACAAAGAUAAAAAAAAAAUUAAUAAUAAAAAAAAAAACAUUUCUCACAUAUACGUCAGGUAAAUCAGCUUUUAAAGAAUUUAAUUUGCUGUCAUUAGGGCUCAUCCAUGGAAGGCUUGAACUGUGCUAGUAGUUUGUUGAGAAAUUGCUGGUUUUGUCAGUGGGGCUGAAAAGUGUAUAGUUAGCUCUGUUGUAUAAGGUGUUCAACAGGUGCUGCAAUGUGAUUGUUGGUAUCUUAAUGGCCCUUUGACUAGAAAAAGUAUUCAUCUAAUAUUUUAAAAUGCAAAGGAGGUGAAUACUUGUUUUCCACAGAUUGAAAAUUAUAUUUGGUUGAACGGGUAGAUUUGGGAAGAGUAAAAUGUAGAGUUGGAAAGUGAUCUUUAGGCCAGAUUUAUUUGGAUUCAAAAGAUCGGAUAUUGUCCAGAGUCUAUCAUUAUAUAGCACUUAAAAUACUACUUUUAAGAUGCAGUAUAAAAAAAAAACUUACAUAGGCAACUGAUUCAAGAAUUGGAGAAGAUUACAGAAGGUAUUCUUGCAUUACUGAUGUUAUUUGGGCUUAAUUACAUGAUGAUUAAAUGUGGUGUGACCACCUACUGUAAGGUUAAGCCUAAUGCAACUAAUGAUGGUAUGCUCUCUGAUAUGUAUGCCACAGCACUUACUGGGUGAUGUUUUGCCUCUUUACUUUAUACGCCACUCUUUCGUAAGUAAUCCAUAUUGGAUAUAGUGAUAAUGAGAGCGGUCCUUACAAGUGAAAUGCAAUUCAACUUACUUCCUGUAUAUUACAGACUAACGAAAUGAUAAAGCUCCCACUGCCUCAGUUGUCACUUUACAUUCAGAACUCCGUCCAAAUAGAAAUCAUUCCUACUGCUGGGUCAUGAGAAGUGCUGCUGCUGGUGUUGGUAACUCUAAAACAGUAGCUAUUAACUUUGCUUUUGACACACUCUUUUACAAGAGAACUCCUGACGCCCAUCUCUAAAAACAGUGGUGUCAUGACAACUAAAUGCAUUAAACACCUUGCUCCUAUUGUACUUUUUCAGAUAUUUAAAUAUGAAAUUCACUUGAAAUCAAGUUGUUCUUACCGAUGAUCCAUUCCUAAUUUGGAGUGAAGUCAAUAGAGAUUGUUCAUGUCAGGAUUUUCUCUUGGCUAAGAGGACAUGACCGUUUUCCCCCUGUUCCAUAGCUGCAAAGAACAGUAUGGGGAACUUUGCUGCUGUACAACCUGCUGUGAUUUUUAAGCAGGGGCAAUGCUGUGUUCUUAUGUAUUUUCACUUUGUUUCUAUGUUGAUACAUCAUAUGUUCUCUUUCUGAUACUUAGUUUUAUAUAUACACCGUAUAUAAAUAUAUAUUACAUAUUUUUCUAUAUUUAUGUCUUUUACUAUCCUGGAAGUGGUGUGAUUAUGUAAUCAUUCUUAAUCAGUCAAAUUAUGUUAAUGCCGACCUUUUUCUGAUAGUUGUAUUCACAUUUACAAUGAGAAAACUAUUCAUUCAUAACUUAAGUCUUCUUUGUUAGUAUUUAUACCCAAUGAAUAACUAUUCUCAGCACAUUUACUAUUAUUGGACCGACCAUGACUAGGGUUACAUACAGGCUGCAGCUAAUUAUCUGUAACAGUCAAGAGUUAACAGUUUAAUACGGGAAAUUACAUUCUAACUGCAGGUUCUCACCAUUAGUAAAGAGCACAUGCAUCUUUCAUUUUACUUGAUUGACUUCAGAACUUAUAAAUCUGUUAUAUUGUUAAACAACACGUUUAAAUGUAAUUAAGUGAAAUGUAUGCCAAAUAUUUACGUUUGCAAACUGAUGAUCUCAAAUAUUUAAAACGUACAUAAUUCAACACAAGAGCACAGUGGUCUGAUGUGAUUAGUUAAAAAAUAAAAGCCUAAUAUUGACCAAAUGUUUAAUACUUGGUUGGGCCUUUCGGGCUCCAUUAGUUUAAGAAGAAAUGAGAAUAUUUUAUUCAGAAAAAAAAGAAUAAAGUAUUUGCCGGAAAAUAAUUUCAAAGCUGCUAAAGACUGUCCACCCAGACCUCUUUAUGUUUAAGAUCUGUUUUAAGCCUGAGUCAAGAUUGAGUCAGAGGAUUAAUGAUAGAUAUGUUUACAUGUCAUUUUUCAGCAAGUUAUUUGCUGAAAGACAGUACAGCUUGAGGCAUUUUCUGACUAGCAUUACAGUGACCUCUUGUGGUAAAGUUUCAAAACGAAAUGCUGUAAAAUGAGGUAUUGUUUAAUUUGAGCACAUUAUUGUAAUUGGUUUGGAGGUUCAUGCUUUAAGGCAGUACACAUUUUAAAAUACUCUGAAAAUGUUCAGAUAAUCUAAAAAGUAUACACUUCCGUACCGGGCCAUAAUAGACAACCCUCUUUCCAGGUGAAUCAAAUACUUUUGUUAAAUCCAGUGUGAACCAGCACAGAUCCUACAAGCUCUAAAAUACAUGUUGCUCUUAGGCUAAUGACAAGCAAAUGUUUUCCAGACAAUCAUUUACAUUUUCUACAAGCCACUUUGUUUUGCUAAAAUAAAAGCACACCUGCAAAUAAUUUUAGGGAGUUUUAUACAGAAAAGUUUAAGGCUGAAAAAAGGUAUAAACAUUACCUACCAUGUUUCUUUCUUCCUACAGUUGAAGCGACUGCAGCUUGUUACAGUACCAAGGAGCUGUAAUGGAACAGUUUAAGAUAUUAGUGGUAAUUUUACAUUUUUAUAUGAACCAUAACAAUGCAAAUGUAUGUAUGGAAAUAAGGUUUCUUGUAUAUCUUGACUAGCUAUUCAAAUUUUAAUUUAAAAAUACUUCCUGAAAACAUGGAUUUGAUUAAAUAAGCUGCCACACACAAGCUCUGCCAGUCCUACAAGCUACAGUAUUUAACUUUAGACAUGUAGAAAGUCAAGUUUUAGUAUUGUUUGUAGGUUGAAGAGGUUUUGACUAAUACAUUUAAAAAAAAAGCUCCAUAAUAGAAGGAAUGGAGCAUGUAUACAGUAUGGAUGAUAGGGUUGUGGGUGAAAUACAUUAAGUUCAUUCAACAGCAGCUGUUUCUAGGUUAAGUUUGUAGAGAUUAAAAGGAGUUCCUUGUUCUGGUCUCGUAACAAAAUGUUGAGGACAGUAAUAAGGCAGCAUAAACUGAGUAUGUACCCAUCACAACUUGUCAUAAGUCUGCGCAUAUAUAUUUUGUAUUUAUUUCAUUAAAUGGUUUAAUUUUAUUAAAAAGCAUCUAAAUUAUUUUUUUAUUUUACAUUCAUUUAUGUAAAUUUCUCAAUGAACUACCCUCAUGUACAAAUAAAGUAUUUGUUUCUGCUCUCUUUUAAA